GGAGGUCCAAAGAAUCCCUGAUGGCACUGUUUAUACUAUGAUUUACACGUCACUGGCUCCGCCCUCUGAAAAUUAAAAAGUCCACAAGGAAAUUUCACCGAGGAAUUCGGGAUGUUUCAUCAGCCUAUGGAAGUCAGCAGUAUUUUGUCGUGCGGUGGCUAGGUCCUCCGAACACUUCAGAGUGAAGAGCAACGAGACUGGUGAGGGCAAGUGACCGGCAGAACAACCUGUCGACCAACCCUCCUCUCUAUCUCACACGCCGGGACUGAGCGAGACAAUAAAUCCCCCAUACCAUAUUACUUCCACCUUAUUAUUAUCUCUGUGGGUCUUCUCAUCUACAUUGUGUGAUCUCUCCUGCUGCAUCUCAGCUCGUGACGCAUUUUCACUGCUCUGAUCAGCAACUGAUCACAGCCUCGGCCCCAGCUCCCUCCACAGACAACCAUGGUAGAAAAAAUGGCCUCCUUCGGCCGGAUCCUGCUGCGACGCAGGGCACUGGAUUGCUCCGAUGAGGGAACACGCUUUGCCCGCUGCCUCUCCACACUGGACCUGGUGGCCCUGGGGGUGGGCUCCACCCUGGGGGCAGGGGUGUACGUCCUGGCUGGUGAAGUGGCCAGGGAGAAGGCUGGCCCUGCCAUCGUUCUCUGCUUCCUCAUCGCUGCACUGUCCUCUAUGCUGGCCGGGCUCUGUUAUGCCGAGUUUGGCGCCCGCGUACCCAAGACGGGUUCGGCUUACCUGUACAGUUAUGUGACGGUUGGUGAAAUCUGGGCCUUCAUCACGGGAUGGAACCUCAUCCUCUCCUAUGUCAUCGGUACAGCCAGUGUGGCCCGAGCCUGGAGCUCUACAUUUGAUAAUCUAGUGGAGGAGAAGAUCUCUUUCUUCUUCAGGUCUUCCAUGGCCAUGAAGGUCCCGGGGGGCGUGCUGGCUGAAUACCCUGACCUGUUUGCACUCAUCAUCGUGCUCUUAUUAACUGGGCUGCUGGCAUUUGGAGUGAGUGAGUCUGCCUUGAUCAAUAAGAUUUUCACUGGGGUCAACCUUGUGGUGCUGGGCUUCAUCAUCAUCUCAGGCUUUGUGAAGGGAGACCCAGACCACUGGAACCUCACCCUGGAGGACUUUGUUAAUACCUACCCCAACCACACCAACACCUCCAGCAUAUCCCAGGAGGUUGUGGAUAAGAUGUUUGGCUCGGGUGGUUUUGCUCCUUUUGGCCUCAGUGGCAUUCUGUCCGGUGCUGCUACCUGUUUCUACGCAUUCGUGGGUUUCGACUGCAUCGCCACUACCAGCGAAGAAGCUAAGAACCCCAUGCGUUCCAUCCCCGUGGGCAUCGUGGCCUCUCUGCUCAUCUGUUUCUUCGCCUACUUCGGGGUGUCUGCAGCCCUCACCCUCAUGAUGCCUUACUACAUGCUGGACACCCAGAGCCCCCUGCCAGAGGCGUUCAACUACGUGGGCUGGGAUCCUGCUCGCUACAUCGUGGCUGUGGGUUCCCUCUGUGCUCUCUCCACCAGCCUGCUUGGGUCCAUGUUCCCCAUGCCGAGGGUGAUCUACGCCAUGGCAGAGGAUGGGCUCCUGUUCCGUGGCCUGUCCCGCAUGAACACGCGUACCAAGACCCCCCUGAUGGCCACUAUAGUCUCUGGCUGUGUUGCAUCUCUGAUGGCCUUCCUCUUUGACCUGGCUGCCCUGGUUGAUCUCAUGUCCAUAGGGACACUGCUGGCCUACUCACUAGUGGCCAUCUGUGUGCUUAUCCUUAGGUACCAGCCCGGCACCCUGAGCUCAUCCAGUCAGACAGAAAAGCUAGUGGAGCUGGUUGGAGGGGAGAAGGUGGCCCGGGGGGACAGUGGAGAUGAGUACGGCCUGGAUCUGGAGGACCGCCCCCUCAGGGAAAAAUUCACCCCCUGCCUCCUCCUCUUCCCCACUGGUGCCUUCCCUACCAAGACCUCCGGGAACAUUGUCUAUGCCACCACGGCCAUUAUCUCGGUGCUCAUCACUGUGCUGUGUGUGGUGCUGGCAGGGAAGCUGGAUGAGUUGAUGGAGGUUCAGCCUGUGUGGGUCACAGUGUGUGUAGUACUGGCCUUGCUCUGUGCCCUUUGUGUCAUUAUCAUCUGGAGACAACCAGAGAGCACGGAAGCCCUCACCUUCAAGGUGCCCCUGCUGCCUUGGCUGCCUCUGUUCAGUGUCUUUGUCAACAUCUACCUCAUGAUGCAGCUGGACCUGGCUACGUGGUGCCGUUUCGCUGUGUGGAUGGCCAUUGGAUUCGCAAUCUACUUCUUUUAUGGGAUCUGGCACAGCAGUGCGGCAGCCAGCAGCACCCGUGGGAAAUAUGAGCCUGCCCUCCAGACCAAGAAGAAGCACAUCUACCUGGGGGGAGACGAGAGUGAGGUGGAGGGGAUGAGCCCCUGAACAGCUGGAUGAAACCCUACACAUAAUACCUCUGCAGUGAAGGCAGACAAUUCAACUGACUGACACUACAAUUCAUCUGUUUUCUUUUCCAUUUUUGGGAUAUCUCUGUUUUAAGCUUAUUUGAGGAAUUAUAUUUUUAACAGUUGAAACAUUGCUAUUAACAUUACUAGUGAUUUUAUUUAUUAGAAUUUAGUCUCUUCCAAGUUUGAUUGUGUCUGUGCCUCUAAUUGUUAGCCCCUGGUGUCCAGCAGCAAUAUGAACUACAGCUGGCCAGGAGUGUUGGUUAGGGCCAUGUGUAAACAGAGUGGGUCUAUGGGGUUUACAAUCUUGGUCAGAACCUCUGUGUACUUGGGUCAACAGCACAGGGUUAGUGGAUCAAGGCCUGAUGCAGGUGUUUUGGGGAUCGCUGGGGUAGACAAACUCCUCCGUCACCUGUCACAGAGCAAUGUAUUUAACAGUAGGGCCUUGUACGCCUUGUGGCAGAAACUAGUAUUUAUUGUUGGUGUCAGCUUGUUCUGUAAGAUGAAAUAUCCUAAAGGCAUUUAUGAACAAUCUGUUGCCAGUGAUGUCUUUGUCAUUGAAAAUGUUUUUAAACGUAUGGUAAAAUAGUCCAAGUAAUGAUGUAAGUUAUUGUCUUCACGGUGGUUAGUCCCUGUGUAAAUGAAGCAGUAUAUGCAUAUUAGGUUCAUCCAAAGAAUACAUGGAGAUAUUGUAGCUAAACCUUAAAGUUGCUGAAACGACAUCCUGGCACCACUACAUUUACAGUGGGGCAAAAAAGUAUUUAGUCAGCCACCAAUUGUGCAAGUUCUCCCACUUAAAAAGAUGAGGCCUGUCAUUUUCAUCGUAGGUAC